GUGGUGCUUACAUUUGAGUGGGUUUUGUGCUUCUGCGAGGAGCUUCCACAGAUCCACACGCUCGCCGCGGGCACAGCAGCCAAGGACUCCAUCGCUGUUGCGGCCGAUUCUCUUGCCAUUCUCCCUACUUCCUGCAAACACAUACACUUCUACAGAUAAUGGCUACACUAGAAGAUCUUGAGGCGCUCGAGCGUCAAAACGAUACCGAGAUGGUUGAUGCCAGUGGCGAGGCAAAGACCGAGUCACAGGAUGAUGACAUCGCGGAGGAGAUCCUCAAUUCGUCCACGGCCGACAUCAACAACCGUCGACGUCUGAUUGAGAACGACAUCAAGGUCUUGCGAUCAGAGUUCCAACGGCUGUCUCAUGAGAAGACCACAAUGACAGAGCGAAUCAAGGACAAUCAGGAGAAGAUUGAGAACAAUAGGCAACUGCCCUAUCUGGUGGGUAACGUCGUCGAGAUCCUUGACAUGGACGCGAACGAUGAGGACGAAGAGGAUGGCGCGAACGUGGAUCUUGACGCGACGCGGGUCGGAAAGUCCGCAGUCAUAAAGACCUCAACCCGACAGACCAUCUUCCUGCCGCUGAUCGGUCUCGUGGACUCGGAGAAGCUAAAACCGGGUGAUCUGAUUGGAGUCAACAAAGACUCUUAUCUUGUUCUCGACACAUUGCCUGCUGAGUACGAUAGCAGAGUCAAGGCUAUGGAGGUCGACGAGAAGCCGACCGAGACUUAUGCCGAUAUCGGUGGUCUCGACAAGCAGAUCGAGGAGUUGGUCGAGGCGGUUGUUUUGCCCAUGAAGCAAGCCGACAAAUUCAAAAAGCUCGGAAUAAAGCCGCCAAAGGGUGCGUUGAUGUACGGCCCUCCUGGUACCGGAAAGACACUUCUUGCGCGAGCCUGCGCUGCCCAAACGAAUGCCACGUUCCUCAAACUCGCCGGUCCCCAACUUGUGCAGAUGUUCAUCGGCGACGGUGCCAAACUAGUGCGCGACGCUUUUGCGCUCGCCAAAGAGAAAGCGCCUGCCAUCAUCUUCAUCGACGAGCUCGACGCCGUCGGAACGAAGCGUUUCGACUCUGACAAGUCCGGUGAUCGAGAAGUGCAGCGAACUAUGUUGGAACUACUCAAUCAGCUUGAUGGAUUCAGCAGCGAUGACCGGGUUAAGGUGCUGGCGGCUACGAACCGUGUCGAUGUGCUGGAUCCUGCGUUGCUGCGAAGUGGUCGGUUAGACCGAAAGAUCGAAUUUCCCCUUCCUAAUGAGGAGGCUCGUGCCGGAAUUCUGCAGAUCCACGCUCGAAAAAUGACUGUCGACGAGGCUAUCAACUGGCAAGAACUGGCGCGCGGCACCGACGAGUUCAACGGUGCGCAGCUCAAGGCCGUCGCGGUCGAGGCCGGUAUGAUUGCGCUCCGAAACGGCCAGUCCAAGAUCCGGCAUGAGGAUUUUGUCGAGGCAAUCACGGAGGUGCAGGCGCGCAAGUCGAAAUCGGUUUCUUUCUAUGCUUAAGUGUGGGCUGGUUAUUCGUGUAAUACAUGCAUGGUUAAGUGCUCGAUCUCCGAGCGAGUAGAGUUGUCUUGUAAAUGGUGGAAUUUAGCUAAAACCUUUCUAUUUUU